UUGGCUGCUUGAGUAAGUCAACAUGAACAAGGAAGUAGGCCUGCUUGGAAACAUCCUCUGUUAACAAGACUUGCUUUGGUACCAUCGCCCCUAAUUGUAAAAUUUGGCUGCUUGAGUAAGUCAACAUGAACAAGGAAGUGGGCCUGCUUGGAAACAUCCUCUGUUAACAACCCAACUAAUUCUCUGUUCUAGAAGCUUACCCAGUCAUAGAAAUUGUGCUUCUUGAAUCUUGAAAGAGUACAAAGCUUACCCAUGUAAAUCUAAGAGCAAAUACAGGGCUGAAGAUUGGAUUCUUCCUACCAAAUUCAUGGCUUGGGCAUAGAAAUCUGAUACAAUACAAUCAAUCUAACAAAAGCCCUAAUAAAUUCAUGACUUGGGCAUAGAAAUCUGAUACAGUACAAUCAAUCUAACAAAAACCCAUUACAAGAAAUCCCACAGCCAUUUCUGAUUCAUUGUCUGGGUAAAGUAUUGUGAAAGGAUGCAUCAACAGCAGCAAUAUGCAUAUGGAGGAAGUCCAGGUUAUGCUUCUGCACCUCCCAUGCAGGCACCAUAUCCGAGUCAGCAUACUCACCCCACUUCCAGAUGGUCCACAGGUCUCUAUGACUGUGGCCAUGACUGUUGUGACAGCCUCCUGACAUGUUGCUGCCCUUGCGUUACUUUUGGGAGAGUAGCAGAGGAGGUAGACCAUGGUCGGAAGAGUUGUUGCACUCAUGCAACUAUUUUCACUUUAUUAUAUCUCCUUGGCAUUGGAUGUUUGUACUCAUGCCAUUACAGAUCAAAACUGAGAGAUCAGUACCAUCUUCCUGAAGAGCCAUGUAGUGAUUGUUGUGUGCAUAUAUGUUGCCCAUGUUGUGCUCUAUGUCAAGAGCACAGAGAACUUAAACUCAGAGAACAAAAUCCCUCUUCAGGUACAGUAAAUCCUGCAAUGGCUUCCCCAGCAGCCUCUCAGUUCAUGUACAAAUAAAAUGUACCAUUGUGAGAAUUUUUAUCAAUUCAGAAAGGGAGGAAACACCUUGAUAUAUGGCAUGGUCAUUGCUUAGCUUACAUAUAAACAUGUUUUUAAUGUUAUAAAAAAUAUGUAUUUAUUUAAAUUUAACAAUUUGUAGCACAAACAUUUAUGAUGUAAUGGCAUGUCUAUUCAUUGUUUCAGAAUAGACAAUUUCAAAAUAGACAUUAAGUCUCCUUGUGGA